AUGCUCUGCUUGGACGUUCUCGUCGAGAUGGAUUUGUUCCUGCACGGAUGGGAAUGUGCCGCUAAGGUCGCUUGCAGGAUCGAUCUCCAUGUCUUCAGAAUUCUCUACCGAACUAGGUGCGUCAGCAGGUGGACUUGUUUCCGGCGGCGGAACUUGCGCUUCAUGAUCUGGGAGAGGCGCGGUGACAAGUCGCCCCUCGGCGUGAUGAGCUUGUUUGUCUGGAGAGAGGAGAGGUGCGCUAUCAUGUUGUUCCUCCGUAUUGUCAGUGUUCCUGUUCCCUUCUCUUUUUCGCAGCUUAAGAUCGAGUGA